UUCUGUGGAUAGUGGUUCACUUACUGUGCAGAAUAUUAGAAAAUGUACUCUACAGAGUUCUUAAAUGUGAUCAGUAGGUCACUGAUCUCUUUGUCUGUAGUGAUAGAUAUCUAAUCACAACGGGAUGUCCCAAGGCAUAAGUCUUCAACUGCCUUUGUGCCUUUCGUGAUCUUCAGCAUGACAGGCACUUCUUUCCUCUGAUCAAAUGUAUCUUGUGAAAGGGCAGCAUGUACUCAUGUUUUUGUUCAUAACAGGAUGUUAAUACAUAAUUAAGCAAAAAGCUUCUUGGUCUGCAGCCUUGAACUGGUCAAUUUCUGAACAAAACUGAAGCCAUACUACCAUCUUGUGAAGGCAAAAGUAAAGAAGCGGAGAUAAAGAGGAUAAAUAAAGAACUAGCAAACAUUCGGUCAAAAUUUAAAGGUGACAAGGCUCUGGAUGGUUACAGUAAGAAAAAAUAUGUCUGCAAACUGCUUUUCAUCUUUCUUCUGGGGCAUGACAUUGACUUUGGUCACAUGGAGGCUGUAAACCUGCUCAGUUCCAAUAGAUAUACAGAGAAACAAAUUGGAUAUCUCUUCAUCUCCGUACUAGUGAACUCUAACAGUGAGCUGAUUCGCUUAAUAAACAAUGCGAUCAAGAAUGAUCUGGCCAGCCGCAACCCCACCUUUAUGGGACUUGCUCUGCAUUGUAUCGCUAAUGUGGGUAGCCGGGAGAUGGCAGAAGCAUUUGCUGGAGAAAUUCCAAAAAUACUUGUAGCUGGAGAUACUAUGGAUAGUGUGAAGCAGAGUGCUGCCUUAUGCUUGCUGCGUUUAUAUAGAACUUCUCCUGACCUUGUCCCCAUGGGAGAUUGGACGUCUAGAGUGGUGCAUCUCCUCAAUGACCAGCACUUGGGUGUGGUUACUGCAGCUACAAGUCUGAUAACCACUUUGGCACAGAAGAACCCAGAAGAGUUUAAAACUUCAGUCUCCUUGGCAGUGUCUAGAUUAAGCAGAAUUGUAACUUCUGCAUCAACAGAUCUUCAGGACUAUACAUACUACUUUGUUCCUGCUCCUUGGUUAUCUGUGAAACUUCUGAGGCUGUUACAGUGCUAUCCACCUCCAGAAGACCCUGCGGUACGUGGUCGUCUAACAGAAUGCCUGGAAACUAUUCUUAACAAAGCGCAGGAGCCACCAAAGUCCAAAAAAGUACAACACUCAAAUGCAAAGAAUGCUGUGCUGUUUGAGGCAAUAAGUUUAAUUAUACAUCAUGACAGUGAGCCAAAUCUACUAGUCCGUGCCUGUAACCAGCUAGGUCAGUUCUUGCAGCACCGAGAAACUAAUUUGCGAUACCUAGCACUGGAAAGCAUGUGCACGCUUGCCAGCUCUGAAUUCUCACAUGAGGCUGUGAAAACACACAUAGAAACAGUUAUCAAUGCAUUGAAGACUGAAAGAGAUGUAAGUGUACGACAAAGAGCUGUAGAUCUCCUGUAUGCAAUGUGUGACCGAAGCAAUGCCCAACAGAUUGUGGCUGAAAUGCUGAAUUACUUGGAGACUGCUGAUUAUUCAAUUAGAGAAGAAAUUGUUCUCAAAGUUGCAAUUCUAGCUGAGAAGUAUGCAGUGGAUUAUACUUGGUAUGUGGAUACAAUCUUGAAUCUGAUUCGCAUUGCUGGUGACUAUGUUAGUGAAGAAGUAUGGUAUCGAGUUAUUCAGAUUGUCAUCAACAGGGAUGAUGUUCAAGGGUAUGCAGCAAAGACUGUUUUUGAGGCCCUUCAAGCUCCAGCAUGCCAUGAGAAUCUUGUAAAAGUAGGUGGCUACAUCUUGGGAGAGUUUGGAAAUUUGAUAGCAGGUGAUCCAAGAUCAAGUCCCCUCAUCCAGUUCAACUUGCUACAUUCCAAGUUUCAUCUGUGUAGUGUUCCUACCAGAGCUCUGCUUCUGUCUACCUACAUCAAGUUUGUGAACCUGUUUCCAGAAAUCAAAACUACAAUUCAAGACGUAUUGCGCAGUGACAGUCAGCUAAAGAAUGCUGAUGUUGAGCUGCAGCAGAGAGCUGUUGAGUAUUUGAGGCUCAGUACUAUUGCCAGUACUGAUAUAUUGGCUACAGUGCUGGAAGAAAUGCCUCCCUUUCCAGAGAGAGAAUCUUCUAUUUUGGCGAAACUCAAGAAAAAGAAAGGCCCGGGCACAGUUACUGACCUGGAAGAGAUCAAAAAGGAGAGGAGCUCUGAUAUGAAUGGAAGUGCUGAACCUGCCUCUGUCAAUGCCAGUGCUGUUUCUACUCCUUCUCCAUCUGCGGAUCUGCUGGGUCUGGGUGCUGCCCCUCUCACCAAUUCAGCUCCGCCAUCGUCCUCUAGUGGUAGCCUGCUGGUGGAUGUAUUUUCAGAUUCAGCUUCUGCAGUUGCACCUCUUGCUCCUGGUUCUGAUGACAACUUUGCAAGCCCUGACCUGGCUUCAUCUGAGGUAGUUUCUGAGGAACCAGCUGAUACUGUGCAUGAUGCUGAUGAGCUUUUUCACAAGUUUGUGUGUAAAAAUAAUGGAGUCUUAUUUGAGAAUCAAUUGCUACAAAUUGGAUUGAAAUCUGAAUUUCGACAGAACCUGGGACGUAUGUUCAUAUUCUAUGGUAAUAAGACAUCAACACAGUUCUUGAAUUUUACUCCAACAGUAAUCUGCUCAGAUGACCUACAGUCAAGCCUGAAUCUUCAGACAAAACCUGUUGACCCCACAGUGGACGGAGGUGCACAGGUUCAACAGGUUGUGAACAUUGAAUGUGUGUCAGACUUUAUGGAAGCUCCACUCCUGAACAUUCAAUUCAGGUAUGGUGGAACAUUUCAAAACCUUUCGGUAAAAUUACCCAUCACACUGAAUAAAUUUUUCCAGCCGACAGAGAUGUCUUCUCAAGACUUUUUUCAGCGUUGGAAGCAACUGAGCAAUCCAAAACAAGAAGUACAGAAUAUCUUUAAAGCAAAACACCCAAUGGAUGCAGAGAUCACAAAAGCAAAGAUAAUUGGCUUUGGGUCAGCCCUACUUGAGGAGGUAGAUCCCAAUCCUGCUAACUUUGUUGGUGCUGGUAUCAUCCAUACAAAAACUACUCAGAUUGGAUGCUUGCUGCGCCUUGAACCCAACCUCCAGGCACAGAUGUAUAGGCUCACACUACGAACAAGUAAAGAAGCUGUAUCUCAGAGAUUAUGUGAAUUGCUGUCAGAACAGUUUUAAUAUUAACCAUGUCAGUUUGGGUUUUUCCAUUUAUAUCGCUGUCAUCAUACUGCAAAUAAAUGUCUUGUACAUCA